AUGAAAUUGGCCGCCGUGGCCGGAAUCGGUCAGGAGAACAUCAUCAUGAUAUUUUUAUUUCUUAUAACAACUCCAAAGAUCUCUAUAUUCCAUAAAGUCCGUGAAGUGAAACUUGAUGUCGGGGGUUAUCUCCCAAAAUCAUACGAGUUUGGGUACUCUGUGAAAGACGCCAAGUCUGGCAACGAUUACGAUAGGAGGGAGGUUUCCGAUGGGAACGUCGUGCGAGGGGAGUAUAGAGUGCAACUGCCUGACGGACGGACGCAAAUCGUCACCUACCACGCGGACUGGCAGACUGGUUUCCACGCGGACGUGAGGUACGAGGGUGAAGCGAGGUAUCCUGAGACUAAUAAUCAAGGUUACAACUACAAUGUACCAGAAUAUUCUGGAUCUCUUAACGGUUUCCAUGGCAACGGCAACAACUUCAAGCCCGCCUACGGUCCGCCCGGAUAUCAC